ACGACGGUAGGCCAUGACGGUAGGCCCGACUCGGCAACUAGAGCACUGAGUGAGAGCGAGGAAGACUGCUGAGAGUGCGGGAGAAGAGAAGGGAACGAUCGGAGAGCAGGAUAGAAGAUGCUAGAAAGAAAUGAGAGGCGACUCGGAUGUCAGAAUGAACUCUGACAGAAAAAAGAAAACAUGCUGAGUAGAAGUAAAUUCUGAGAAGAAGACGAAGAAGAGACAAAAGAGGAGCAGGUGUGUUGUCACUUUCAACAAGUUGGCUCCCGCACUUAGUGACAGGUUCUCUCAAGGCCACCAUCUCUUGAGGUUGAUACAUCGAGUCCUGAGGUUUUGCUUCAGAAAUCAGAGCUCAAAUGUCAAAGAUGUCCAGACGGCUGGCGGGGUUGCUGACCCUAUUGGAGUACCUCAAGUGGAAGCUACAGUUUCCCUUUCGGCCUUGUGAGAUGCAAUGGCUGCAUACCCUCUUGAGCCUCAAGUUUGCCUUGUAUGCUCUGUUCUACGAUGGGAUAGUGUAUGGAGCAACCACUGCCUUGUGGUGUCUGUUGGUAGCAAAAGGCUUAGAGGGCGUCGGGAGAGCUAGAGUUGGAACAUGGUCAAAUGCAUACUUCCUUCAUCGGCUCAGCUUCACCAUGGCAUCGCUCUCGAUGCAGAGCAGCUUGCUUGAACAAGUUCCGCAGCACAGCUUUUGGAUCAUGUACACUCUCUUUCUCUUGCUGCUUGCUUCGUUGGGGAUGAUGCUGCCCUACAUGAGCAUAAUUACAUACUACUCCUCCAUCAUCAUUUGGGAGCUUGCCGUGCUACCCUGUGUACAAGUGGUCUACGGAGACCUGUUCUUUUCUCUCUCUCCUCUCUCCUCGAACUUUCACUGGCCCUGGAGCAUAGCCUUCCUGCUGUCGCUGACCGUCAGCUCCAUCGACCCGUUC